CACAAGAUCUCUGUUGUGCUGAUUAAUAAAGACAUUACCUUAUGACUUCAGCAAUGUCCUUGGAAAAGAUGUGGGAGGAAGUCACGUGCCCUGUCUGUCUGGAUCCGAUGGUGGAGCCUGUGAGCAUUGAAUGUGGUCAUGGAUUUUGCAAGGAAUGCAUCUCUGAAGUGGAGGCAAAGGGACGUAGACUCUGUCCUGUGUGCCGGCAGCAGUUCAUGCUCAGGAAUGCUCGACCCAAUAGACAAGUAGCCAAUUUGAUAGACAACCUUAGACAAAUGAGUAUGGAUGACAAGAAGGUUGCACAAGAGGAGAGGUGUGAGGUGCAUGGAAAUAAACUUCACCUGUUUUGUCAAAAUGAUAGCAAGGUUCUUUGCUUGCUAUGUUCUAAAUCCAAAAAACACCUUGACCACCACAUGGUUCUAAUUGAUGAAGCUGCUUUAGAAUAUCAGGAGAAGCUCCAGGUGGCAUUGGAGAAACUAAGAAGACAAAAGGAAUUAGCUGAGAAGUUGGAAAUGGAUAUUACAACAAAAAGAGCAGCCUGGAAGGAAGAGAUGAAAACACACAAAUUGAGGAUUCAUGCAGAAUUUGUGCAACAGAAAAACUUCUUAGAUGAAGAAGAAUAUAGACAACUUCAGAAGCUAGAGAAAGAUGAGAGGGAACAACUGAGAAUCCUGGGGGAGACCGAGACUGAACUGGCCCAACAGAGCCAGGCCCUACAAGAGCUGAUAGCAGAGCUGGAUCAGAGAAGUCGGGGUUCUCCCUUGGAAUUGCUGCAGGAUGUGAAAAUUAUUCUACAAAGGAGUGAAUCAUGGAAUCUGACAGAACUGAACAUAACCACCCCAACCUUGAAUAACAAGUACCAUGUGCCAGGACUGAAGAAGAUGCUAAGGACUUGUGGAGUACAUAUCACUCUGGAUCCUCAUACAGCCAAUUCAUCUCUCAUAAUUUCAAAGGAUCAGAGACAAGUGAGGCUUGGAAUUGUCCAGCAAAAAGUACCUGAAAAUAAGGAGAGAUUUGAUAGUUAUCCUAUGGUUCUGGGUGCCCAGCACUUUGACUCUGGAAAGUUUUACUGGGAAGUAGAUGUGACAGGAAAGGAUGCCUGGGACCUGGGAGUGUGUAGAGAUUCUGUGCAGAGGAAGGGGCCUUUUCUGCUCUGCCCCCAAAAUGGCUUCUGGACUAUUUGGUUAUGGGGCAAACAGUAUGAAGCUGGCACCUCCCCCCAAACUCCACUCCAUCCUCAGGUGCCUCCAAAACAGGUUGGAAUCUUCCUGGACUUUGAAGCCAAAACUGUCUCCUUCUACAACAUCACUGACCAUGGCUCCCUCAUCUACACCUUCUCUGAAUGUGAUUUCAAUGGAUCUCUGCGGCCCUUCUUCAAUACUGGUUUUAAUGACAACGGAACCAAUGCAUUUCCUCUGACCCUCUGUCCAUUGAAGAUGGGAUGCUAGGUUCCAUUGACUCUCUAGA